GCAGCUUUCUCUCCUUGAGUUGGUGAAUUCGGUAGCCUAAAAGUGGGCGGUUACUUUGCAAGUUUCUGCGAGCAGCAAGAAUUUGUUCCUGCCCCCCCUCCCCUCCAGCCGAACUACCGCCCUCGCGGUGUGGAGGCUACAUGAGACGGAUGCAGAUUUGACAGCUGAUUAGACCCCGGUGCAUUGAUUGACUUGGCCUGUUUCACAAUGUUUAGAAUAAGAAGUUAAACACGUAGCCUAUCUGUAUCCAUUAAUCUUUUUACAAUGUAUUUCUUAUCUAUUUUAAAGUAUGUCUGAACCUAUACAUAAAGUGUGUGUAUAUUUUAUACACAUAUUUUCAUGUGUUUGAAUGCUAGGGGAUGGAAAUAAUCGCUGUCACAUGAAUGCAAGGCUAUUAAUUUGUUACGGUCCGACAAGGUGCCCCUUGCCUGAGCCCCUCUACUUCCCUGUCCGUCCGUGUCCGUACUGCUAACCAGCCUAAACAGCGAGACGCCCUGUAGAGGUUUGAUCUCUAUUCGAAGAGGAAGUCAACUCAUGACCGGAUUGAUGUCCAUGUUCACGUCGAAGGACUAUGGGUCGCGCUAGUGUCACUGUCAGGUGAACAUCCUGGUAACUUUCUCAGCAUGGCGAAGGAAUACGAUGUCCUGCUUCGACUAAUGUUGCUUGGAGACUCCGGAGUCGGGAAAACCUGUUUACUGUGGAGGUUCACAGAUGACGACUUUCACCCCUCUCACAUCUCGACGAUUGGAAUUGAUUUCAAGAUGAAGACACUAGAUAUCGAGGGCGUCAGAGUGAGAGUGCAGAUAUGGGAUACAGCAGGUCAGGAGAGAUACCAAACUGUCACAAAGCAGUAUUACAGACGAGCACAGGGGAUCCUCCUGGUGUACGAUGUCACAAAUGAACACUCCUUUCAAGACAUCGUCAAAUGGGCCAGUGAUGUCGAUGAGUGUGCACCUGAGCGGGUGAAGUGGAUUCUGGUGGGGAAUAAGUGUGAUGAAGAGGACAGGAGAAGAGUCACUACGGAACAAGGGAAUAAGUUAGCAAAAACAUACGGAAUGGAUUUCUUUGAGACGAGUGCCUUCAGCAACUACAACAUCAAUGAGUCCUUCACGCGGCUCACGGAACUGGUGCUACACGCCAAUAGGAAGGAACUGGACGGUCUGUCGCUGUCCAUUAGUGAUGACCUCAGCUCUGAAGGCCUGCAGUCGGUGGAAGUCAGCAAGAAGGUAGAGGAGAGCGCUGAGAGGACCUGCUCAUGUUAGACAGGAAGUAACAUCCUCUGUCACCCGACGUACACCUCCGUAAGGUCACGCAGUUUGGGACAAUCAAUUUCAUCAGUUCAGUGUGGGAGACGGAUUCCUAAAGAGUCGGUCAGCUCUUUAACGACCAGUCAUUCAGUGUGGGCAGGGAAUACGCUGCAUGAACUGUUUACUAUAGGAACAUGCCAGACGGCCUGUCUGUCCACAAUAAAAGGGCCACAGCCUGCUGUUCCUGUUGUGGCGCAGGUGCAACAGUAGGGGGUAGUAGCCUGCAUUUUCAUUAUGCCUGCAGUUGGUGAAUGUGUUCCUCUCAGUAAUACGCCCACCUUCUCCAGCGCCCUUCAUAUGUGUCACCUGCCUAGAGCAGGGGUCAGGACAGGAUGUUUAGGACAGUCUGAAAAGACAGACCAGGUGUGACGUCCCUGUGUUUGUGUCACCUGUCAGAAACACCUGCCCUGAGUGUGUGACGCAGACUACUGAUCUCUCGUGGAGUCUCUCGUGGACACACUCGCGUAUUUAUGAAUGUAUUUCCUCCUCCAUUUUGUCGUGUUUUUAUUGUGUGUACAAAUACUGUCUGUCUUGAGCUGCCUGCCAUGUCUGUUACAGGACAUUCUGAUUUCUAGUGGCCACUUGUUAUUAUUAUUAUUAUUAUUAUUAAGUGUGUGUUGUCUUGUUUACAAUGGAAAUAAAAAAAACAUA